AUGGCCGCUCUCGAGUUAAGAGGACGAGAUAUGGCGUCGCCGGACCGGUCGAUGCAGAAUUGGAACUAUGCGACGCAGUCGCUAUGCAUUGGGGGGAUGACUAUAUUCUUUGCGCUGCGGGUAUACACCCGAAUGUUCAUCUUGAAUGGGUUUACCAAGGAGGACUGGAUAUGCUUCGGCGCUUGGUUUCUUGGGGUGGGCUACUCUAUCGUCGCACUUAUAAUGAGUCACUUCGGAGGCGGAGUACACUGGGAUGACGUCCCAGAAGCACACCACAUCCCGUUCCAAAAAACCGUAUACGUAACAAUGGUCCUCUACGGCCCAACGGCCUACCUCACCAAGCUCUCCCUCCUAUGGAUCAUGACACGCGUAUUCAGCCCGUUCCGCAAAUCCGUCAUCUUCAUCUACUUCUUCCUAGCUCUGAUGCUAGCAUACUACAUCCCCGCCGUUAUCGUGAAGAUCCGCAUCUGCGACCCGAUCGCCAAGUUCUGGGUGCCAGAUCUGCCGGGGUCAUGCCUGGACCAGUCGUCCAUCAUCCUAGCAGACGCAGUCGUCAGCGUAGUCAGCGAUUUUAUUGUGUUGCUAGUCCCAUUGCCACUCACCGUGCGCCUGCAACUGCCCUUGAAGAAGAAAAUGCGUGUCAUGGUCAUCCUCGGAGCAGGCGGACUCGCUUGCGCAUCCAGCAUCAUUCGACUGGUUCUGAUCCUGCUGACGGGGCAGUCCAAGGAUGCGACUAUUGCCUUUAUGCGGGUGAAUAUGUUCGGGUAUGUCUCCAGCUUCUUCCGUGGCCCAGCUCCUCCCAUACCGUGCAACGCCGAAAUCGCCAUCGGCGUCAUCUGCGCCUGCCUACCCGCAAUGUCCGCCCUCGCGCACAAAGCCAAGACCGAAUACUCCAGCCGCCGCGCCACGCAGAGCUCGACGUACCAGCUCAGCAAGUUCAAGAACCCUUCGAGUCGCACGGACCGCAGCCGGACGCGCAUGAGCAGCAUCAUGGACAUGGACCACAGCUCGGACCACUACAUCCUUAUGCCGGAGGAGCCGAAGAUGCGGUCGGCGGUGAGGGGCGAUGGCGAGAGGGAGAGGCCGGGGCUGGCGCAGGGGAUUACGAAGACUGUUGAUGUGGAUGUUGUUUCGUCGGUUGAGACGAGGUGA